UGUAGAUAGAUAGAUAGAUCUAACGUUUUAUUUAGGGAAUAAUUUAAAAUGUAAAAGGAUGAUAAAAGUACUUUAAAAAUUAGAUGUAAUUUACGCACCCAAUCAGCAGGGACACCUGAUCCACUGCAGGCCGGACUACAGAAGUGUUUUAUCACCAUAAACGAUGUAUCCUCAUACCGUCCAGCCCACCACAUGCUGUGCACCGGUGAGUGUCUGUAACUGCUCUUUAGUGCACUAGUGUGAGAUUUGUGUGAUUUGAGACACGGGUCGCUCCGCUGAAAGCGCUUAGAGGUGUGUAUCUGCUUCACUUUCCUAUAAUCUCGGGUCUGCCCCGCCCCGCCCAUUCAGCAGCCUCAUAUCACCGAGGCCCUGAGACGGGAGGAGGCAGAAACCGGGAUAUCCGCUGCGAGCACGGGCGCGUAAACACAUUCACAUAAACACACGCACACUCGCGCGUGCUCUCGGUCCAUGCGCCACGCACUCGUCUGUCAAGGACACGCGUGAUUUUAUUUUGCGGACGCCGUCCAUCGUCGCGCGCCGUUAUGGCAGCCACGCUGUUAACGGGACACGAGGACUUUCUGCCGCUGAUGAAAGGCUUUCAGGAGGAGUCCGGUCUGUUCACCGAUACCGAGAGGGGACUGGCCAACGAAUACGCGCAGGCGAAGCUUGAGAUGGACAAAUACCUGACACCUCAGCUGCAGGAUUCCCUGGCAGUCAAGAAGCAGUGCCAGGAUAGCUCCUCUGUGGAGUUUUUCAGCGAUGAACAAGGCUCGCCUUACAGCAUCAACAUGAACGUGUACCUACCUGACAUCGCCUACCUGCGCGGCAGCCUGUGCCGCCCGCCGCCGCGGCCCUCCGUCCCCGGCCAGGUGAAAAGCAAACCGGUGAGCUCGACCUUCUCUUCAGCCCCAGACUGUUCCGUCCCUCCUACUCUUCCCGAUUUCACGACCAUCUUCAGCUCGGCCUCGGCGCCGUGCGCUAACAUGGAUGCGGGUGACGCUUCAAACGGCGUGUUCAUCAAGCAGGAGAUGCCCUCUUUCGAGCUUCCGCAGGACGGCCAUCUGUUCCAGCUGCUCAGCUCUGACCUCGACGUUCCCAUUCAGGCCGUUUCGGACUCUCACGCUCAUGCCAUGUCGUCAGAGGUGCACACCUUCCACGACCUGCACUUAGCAGCCACACAGACUGCCAACAAGCCGUACUGCGCCAUGCCCACUCCUGCGUACCCGCUCGCACCCUCGGGUCACUUCGCCCACAGCCACACGCAGGUCAAAGCGCCCUAUCUUCCUCCCUCGCCGCCAACCUCCGAGCCGGGCAGCCCGGACCGGCAGAAAGAGCUGCUGCACAACCUGACGCCACCGCCAUCUUACGCCGCCACCAUCGCGUCCAAAAUGGCCGUCCACAUGCCCGCUCAUCAAGCGCCCGCAUCCACACGAGCUCCCGCGACCACCAGCGCCGGGGUCAUGCCUGUCCGAUACAACCGCAGGACGAAUCCUGACCUCGAGAAGAGGCGGAUACACCACUGUGACUUCCCAGGUUGCAAGAAGGUUUACACCAAGUCCUCGCAUCUGAAAGCUCAUCUGAGGACGCACACUGGCGAGAAGCCAUACAGGUGCACAUGGGAAGGGUGUGACUGGAGAUUCGCUCGUUCUGAUGAGCUCACUCGCCACUUCCGUAAACACACGGGCGCUAAGCCGUUCCAGUGUGCCGUGUGCAGCCGCAGCUUCUCCCGCUCCGACCACCUCGCCCUGCACAUGAAGAGGCACCAGAACUAAUCACGUCUCACGCUUCUUUUACACCUACAUGCAUUUAUAUAGGGAAUUACUGUA